AUGAGAUUUUGUGCCCCACUCUCCGCCAGUAUCAUGCUCGUGACUCAAGUGAGUGCGUUUGGUGUUUGCUAUGAUCCGGAUCAUUCUGCAUUAAACGGCGCAAUGACUGCAGCCACUGUUACAGAGGAUCUGAAGAUUAUUAAACAGCACGGCUUCAACAGCGUUCGCACGUACAUUUCAAAGUUUGGUGACACGAACUUGGGUCUGCUCAUUGACGACGCCAACCUCACAUCAGCUUUAGGAGUGCCGUAUCCGCAGGACGACUAUCUUGAACAAGUAGAUGCAGCUGUUAAGGCCGCAAAUACUGGAUGCGUCUCCUACAUUUUUGUAGGCAAUGAGAAUCUUGCAGAUGCUACCAGCGUGCCUCAAGAUAUGAUUGCUACUAUUCAAAGCAUCAAGUCACUCGUGCCAGACCACGUCAAGGUAGGAACAGUCCAGCGUAACACCGAAGUGCUUCACCACUCCUACAUCCACGGCUGGUCGGAAUUAAUUUCUGUUUGCGAUGUUUUGGGUGUGAACAUUCACCCUUACUUUACACCGGGAACGACUGCUCACAAUGCCAUCGAUGUCGUCAAGAGCCAAUGGACCGCUAUGGUAAAAAAUUUUGGCGACAAGCUUCUGAUCACAGAGACAGGGUGGCCUUCCGAAGGAGGACUUUCGGGCACAAUCGGCAGCCCCGCCGGCUUGCAGACUUUUUACAGUGACUACAAAACAUGGAGCAGCUCGUUAGAUGAGUGUUUCUACUUUCAAAUGUUUGAUACGCCUUACAAGUCUAGUCCGUACGAAAAAACGUUUGGUCUGCUUGCGGCUGAUGCUGUCGACAAAUUUGAUUUUGCAUCAGUGAUGCACUUUGCGUCGAAUGCCAUUCCAAACGCUGCGAAGAUGGUCGACUCCAUUCUCUCUGGUUUGUAA